AUGGCAAAUGGAAGAGGAAUAAUUUCUGACGUUAGUUCUUUGCAAAGAGCGAAUAAUCCACCACCAAAACCACAACCAAAGAACAAUACAAAGCCAACGGGCAAGAAAGAUUACGUUAGAACUACUGCUGGCCAACUUAAACAGCAAUCUCAAAAUAAUGGUGGACCAAAGUUAACUUUAGAAGACAUGGAACGCGAAAUGGAAGAAGAGACAAGGAGCAAACAAGGAAGGAAAGGCCAAAAGAAGGAUAAUUCUAAACAAAUUAAGGCAACUCCACCUCCACCUCCAAAAAAGGAAGAAAAGAAGCCAAAACAGCCAUCCCCACCUCCACCAAAGAAGGAGGAAGAAAAGCCAAAGCCCAUUCCUCAGCCCCAACUUCAGAUCCAACAAAUAAAUACACUAGAACUUCCUCAACAUGAAGAAGAACAGAAGGAAGUCAAGCCAGAACCAAAGAAAGAAGUUGAAACUCCAUCUACGAAGGAACAAACUCCACCAAAACCAGAAAUUUCAACUCAAAUUCCGGUUCAACCACAAAAUACAGUUCCUUUCAACCCACAACCAUAUCCACAACAGCCUGCGAUAUAUUAUCAACCUUAUCCACAGCAAAAUUCAGAAAAUACAGAAUUAAUUAAAGCAUUGAUCGAACAUACCAAGAAUAUGAUGGAACAAAACAAGGAUGCGAUGGAACGAAACAAGAUUCUGAUCGAGGAUAACAGAAAAUUAACAGAUAUCAUUGUUUCACAAGCAAUGAAUAAUCAGAAGCCUCAGUAUCCUCCAGAAGAAAGAGUUGUAAAGCCAGAAAUUUCGCCAAAAUUCGCUUCUGACUCGGAAGUCAAUGGUCUGAAAUCGAGAGUUGAGAAUUUGGAGAAUAUUUUAAAGCCGAUAAUGAAAAAUGCAAGCGAACCGGAGUAUUCCCAAUGCAAUGUAUGUCAUAAGAACCCUUCUAUUUCUCUUUGCCCUAUUUGUGGAAAGUAUCUUUGCCAGAACUGUCUGAAUCACAAAUGUAAAUAA